AUGGAGGCCGAAACCUCUCGGCAAGCUCAAGAACGCGAAAGGAAACGCCCGCAACGACAGCGGAACCCAGAGCACGCCCACGCGUUUCAGACACUGGUUCUGAAGGGGGAUCCAGCUCCCCUGAACGACUUUUCAGCCUGGGCACAGGACUGCGACAAUGGGCUCGUUUAUUUUUAUGGUGGUGUGCCUUGCAGCCUCAGAGACGGUGACUGCACCGCCGAUUUAUUUUCGCUGAACCUUGCCUCAAUGGAAUGGCAGCGGCUCACGGAUAGGUUGCAGUUCAGCGAUGCGUAUGACCCCUUUUCUGAAUUACGGCAAGAGAGGAAGCUCCCCGCGCUACUCCAUGCCGCAUGCACUUUCGUCACGUUGAACAAGAGGCACUUCCUCAUGCUCUUCGGCGGAUAUGACCAAGCGACAUCGGAAACAUCAUCCUCGCUCAUUGCGGUUGAUGUCGACCGCCUUUCCUGGUGGUGGGUACGACCCCAAGGUGUCCCAGUGAUCUCAAGGUUCUCACCCACGAUGGUCGCAAUCAAGAACCGCCUCUAUAUAUUUGGAGGUUUACAGAAUGACGUGGUCCUUAAAUCUUACUCAAUCAUUGAAUAUGCAGAUGGUGCAUGGCAGUGGAUUGAGCGGGACCGCCAUGCCUGUUACCCAGAUGGUUCUGAGUUGCCUUCGGAGCCAUUCGCCCUUACUGCGAGUGCAGUUGCGCUCUAUGACGGCAAGCAGGUCCUUCUGACUCCCGGAAGAAAGGAUGUCUCAUUUUACUUUUCAGAACUUUUCCAAAGAAAAUAUCCUCCUGUUCAACUCUGA